CUCUUAGGCUAGCACUUCUGGCAAAAGGAACCAUUCCCGAAGUGUGACACAUCUGUUUGUGCUUCUCUACUGCUUGGCCACAGCGCACGGGAGCUGUCCAGCAGGCAGACCUCCUGAAUUCAGCACAAUGUGACAGGCCAUGACAUCCAUUGGGACAUCUCUAACACACACACAACAGACAUGGAGGAUGAUCUAUUCCAGUUAAGACAUCUUCCUGUUGUCAAGUUCCGUCGGACUGGGGAAAGUGCCAGAUCAGAAGAGGAUAAUAUAUCAGGCGAGCAUGAGAUACAGAUUGGACCUGUCCACACAGAUUUGGAAGCAGUGGAGCUGGAAGAUGGAACAACGGUGCCAAAGGAGUUUGCAAACCCAACUGAUGAUACCUUUAUGGUGGAAGAUGCUGUGGAAGCUAUUGGCUUUGGGAAAUUCCAAUGGAAACUCUCAAUCCUUACUGGUCUGGCCUGGAUGGCAGAUGCCAUGGAAAUGAUGAUCCUUAGCAUUCUGGCUCCACAGCUCCACUGUGAAUGGAGAUUACCCAGCUGGCAGGUGGCUUUGCUCACAUCGGUUGUCUUCAUAGGAAUGAUGUCUAGCUCUUCCCUCUGGGGAAAUGUCUCUGACCAGUAUGGCAGAAAGACAGGUCUAAAGAUUAGUGUUUUCUGGACUUUGUAUUACGGGAUCCUCAGUGCAUUUGCACCAGUCUAUAGUUGGAUUCUGGUGCUUAGAGGAUUGGUUGGUUUUGGGAUUGGAGGAGUCCCUCAAUCAGUAACACUUUAUGCAGAGUUCCUUCCAAUGAAAGCUCGAGCAAAGUGUAUCCUUUUAAUAGAGAUUUUCUGGGCUAUUGGCACUGUGUUUGAGGUUCUACUAGCUAUUUUUGUGAUGCCCACACUGGGAUGGCGCUGGCUUCUGAUACUGUCUGCCCUUCCCCUCAUGCUUUUUUCCGUCAUGUGCUUUUGGUUGCCAGAGAGUGCAAGGUAUGAUGUUCUGUCUGGAAAUCAAGAGAAAGCACUUGCUACUUUGAAGCGUAUUGCAACUGAGAAUGGUGCUCCAAUGCCUCUGGGGAAACUAAUCUUAUCAAGACAGGAAGAUCGUGGUAGAAUACGGGAUCUUUUUACACCUCAGUUCCGAUGUACAACAUUGUUGCUUUGGUUUAUAUGGUUUUCCAAUGCCUUUUCAUACUACGGACUGGUUCUCUUAACCACAGAACUAUUUCAAGCUGGAGACGUAUGUAGUAUUUCCAGCCGGAGGAAGACAGUAAAGCCAAAGUGCAGCCUGUCCUGUGAAUUUUUAACUGUGGAAGAUUAUACUGAUUUAUUAUGGACCACACUAUCAGAAUUCCCUGGUGUGUUGGUGACCUUAUGGAUCAUUGACCGACUGGGGCGGAAGAAGACAAUGGCCAUCUGCUUCUUUGUUUUCUCUUUUUGUGCACUUCUUCUAUUUCUUUGUGUUGGAAGGAAUGUGCUCACAGUUUUACUCUUCAUAGCAAGAGCCUUUAUUUCAGGUGGAUUUCAAGCUGCCUAUGUUUACACUCCAGAGGUCUAUCCAACAGCUACACGAGCUCUAGGUCUAGGAACUUGCAGUGGGAUGGCUCGUGUAGGGGCAUUAAUCACACCUUUUAUUGCACAGGUGAUGCUUGAGUCGUCUAUAUAUCUCACAGUGUUGGUGUACAGUGGCUGUUGUAUUUUAGCAGCACUGGCUUCUUGCUUCCUUCCCAUUGAAACCAAAGGCCGUGGACUGCAGGAGUCCAGCCACAGAGAAUGGGGUCAGGAGAUGGUGGGAAGAGUAGCGCACAAUGAUGGAGUCACUCCUUCAAACUCCAGCUCACAAGAGUGACCCCCUCACCUCACCCACUAUUACUGACACUCACACAUGGAUAGCCUUUCAGUCUCACAUCUACCAUUACAUGGACUACAUAGGGCAUGGACGGUAAUGGCCAAAGUAUUGCUAAAUAAAAGUAGCACCGUUGUAGUGAUGGGAUAAUGGUAUGCUUAGAUCCUUACAAAAGGAUUGAGAAAUGAGCUAUUCUUAUGCUAUAGGGAUAGAAGUUGGCACUGUUAAAUAACAUCCAUAGAUUCAAUUCAACAGUUAAAACGUUCUAUAACAAAUUGUGUUUUUAGCACUAACAAGAAAAGAAGAUCACUAUCAGCAUUGAAAUGAAAUCUGACCCUGAAAAUGAGUCAGUUACACCAGAUAUGUCUGGAUGCUGCUGAUGACUUUGAGAUCUUGAGUAAACAAGAGAAAUCCAUGAAUUAUGACCUUCUGGAUAUGUCACCUCAGCUACUAAUGAAUGAAAAGAUUGGAGCACUGCAGCUAGCUAAUAAUGAUGAUCAUAACCUUUGUUCAGACCUUUGA